AUGUCUACUCAGCAGCGUGCGCUGGUUACAUAUUCAGCUUCCGGCAGCUUUCUCGAGUCUGAGCAAUGGAAGCAACUCCGGGCGUCGUUGCUUUCUCAGCUCCCUCUACGAAACUUGCACUGGCGAUCUGCGCACCGACCACUUCAUACAAUCCAAGAGUUGCCCAUCGAGCUCGUAGCGUUGGACUCAGUCAGAUAUGAGGCCGUCUCGCAAGUCCCUUUGACUGUACUGGAGAAACCUCUCGUGAACAUUUACAUUACGACGUGCGAAGAUGCCGAGACAUACCGCCUUUCGGUCAAGAGGCAUAUGAAGGACUGGCACAAUACCGUCACUCAGCGUAGGAACCAAGAAUGGCUCAUCUUGCACCUUGUCGGGCAGGAUGUGCGCGCCUCAAGAGCUGGGUUCCUACAAAUGAGAUCUACUGUGCUGGAUAAAAUCAAGGCGGACUUCAACGUUGAUAGGCGGGACAGAUGUGUACAGCUGGCCUGGACCCCUGCACAAGACAACCCGGCAGCUUGGGCCGAAAUUAUCAAUAAAAUUAAAGAUGGUGUUCUCUCUGCCUUCGACUCCGCUAUAUCCCUGCGCGAAGAGGAGGUUAAGCGUUCAGAGAACCAAAGACAAAUGCCCGGGUGGAACUUUUGCACUUUCUUCAUCCUCAAGGAAAGCCUCGCAUCCUCGUUCGAGGAUGUCAACUUGUGCGAAGAAGCUUUACUCCAAUACGACGAAUUAGAAGCCCUGUUCACCCAGGUCCUGAAAGACAAAAACCUUACUUGGUUUGGAUCUUUCGCAAAUCCAGGACCGAAAGACGAUUCCGCCCCUCUCCUCUCCAUCACGAAGAAGCCGUAUAGGGAUCUGAUAUUGGCUAACACUAUCUCUGUGUUCGACUUUCGGGUGUAUCUGCUUGCUCGACAGUGUCUGGUGUUGGCGAAGUUGGGUCGAGUCAUCGAGAUUGCUCGGAAGGCGACAUCUUUUUUGAGCUCUUUUGGGAGACGUUUGCGAGAGAUGAAUGAUGGCAUACCGGAGCCAUUCGUCGAAUCCUGGACGUACAGCUCGGCACUCAGCGUAGUUUCGCAGUCUGAACAGUGGGCUUCUGCAUUCGAACUUGAUUCAGCUACGAUAUUGUCGUUCAACGCAGCUAAAGGCGAUCUCACUAACCUCGCUCGAAACCAGCUUGAUAUCAUAGGAGUCAAAGCUGGAUAUUUGCCCCACAAGCCUCCUUUCUCGAUAUCACUGACCGAAAACCCAGCCGUACCAAAGACGAACGGAGUGAAUGGGACGCAUAAGCGAUCUACGUCAAAGAUAUCGAAUGCAGACCUUGUCUUGGCGCUGAAGGACAAGGAGACUUUCUAUGAUUUAUACAACAGAAUCACCAAACGAGCGAUUGAUUUCUUUGCGAAAGCUGGUCGCAGGAAGUCGGCGUUGAAGCUACACGGGAGUCUAGCUGCCUUGGACGUGCACCGCGGUCAACUCACCACCGCGUUGACGACCUUCUCCUCCCUCCCCGCGCAUUAUGGACCGAACAAGUGGACCUCAUUGGAGUCCUAUGUGCUCUCCCAGGCUCUGGAUACCCACCAACAACUAGAAAAACCCAAGGACCAGGACUGGAUGCAUAUGCUACUCAAUUUCCUUUCCGCCUACGUUCAGGAUAUAGAAGGAGCCCUCCUCAUGCAAGUGGAAGACAAGAACGAGUAUUUGAAGCGCCUCAUGUCUGCCAUGAGCUCGUCGGCCUCGGCAAUGGAGGCAGACAUGGAGAUCCCAGAUCAUUCGAUGUUGUCUGUCAAAGUCUCAACUAACCAGGCAAAAUUAGUAAGCUCGGAAGACCGGUGCUCAUUGGAAAUAACUGUGGAAAACUCCCUUCCAUGCGCUAUUCCCGCUGAUCAGAUUCUGGUCAACCUAACUGGCCAGGAUGCCGACGCACUUGUAUUUCAGGAAGAUGUCAAUGAUAUCCCCAGCGGCACGUCGACCUUCAGUCUAUCCUGUCCUACAUCAUCUCAUGGCACAUACGUACUUCAUGCGAGUGAGAUCCGGAUCUCACGAUUGCACUUGAGAUGGAAGCAUUGGGAUGCAGCCAGCGUAUGGAAGAAAUCUAAAACAAAGAAGGAUCGACCAUGUCUCGUGCAUAUACCGCAAGACCCGGCAUCGUUCUCAAUCCGACUCGAACAACCAAGACGCAUCGAGCUGGGAGCGCCUUCUACAAUUCACGUAGUCAUCUCGAGCGGGAGAAAUGAUGUUCACUCGGCGAACCUUCAAAUAUCUCUUCCCCCAGGUAUUCGUUGCAUGCACGACCGGAGUACCAUAGACGCGGACGACGAGAGUGUGCAACUUCGCGUCGAAGAGAGUCACAUCAUCCUCUCGGACAUUCGAGCUGGUGCAACAGUGCACCUUACUGUACCUCAUUCUGACGCAUCGAGCUUCCCGGCCGUGAAAGUAGGAGUCAAGGCUGCGUAUAGGACGGUCUCGCAAGCAGAUGUAGAAAGGACGUUGCAUCUGAGUAAUAUACUAAACACCACCCUGCUUGUCGCGGCCAAUGUCCAAGACUUCUUCAGAGGGUCUAGGCUUUUCUCAAAGUUCAUCAUCUCAACGACAUCACAGCAGGUCGUUAGGCUACGGUCUGUCGACCUUGAACUGGCCGAGGGCCCUCAGAGUUCGGUUCGAAUUACCGCAUGUAAAUCUGGACAUCGGACAGUCACUUCGAUCGCACCAGCUCGUCCUGGGAACUUCGUGUUUCGUAUUGAGUCGGAUGACGGCCCAGUGAGGCAACCGCUACAACUGCGCAUUACCUAUCAAACUCUACAGGAAGAGCUCGAUGCCCUUAUCCGUCGCGCUAUGGAUCAAGCUGUACAAUCCUCGCCAUCAUACGCGCCACUUCGCCAAGUAGCAAUGGACCAGUUGCUCGCUGAAAUACAAGCCAUCGGCAGUUGGAUGGACAUAUACAAUGCUACUGGUCGUUUGAGCUUGCAUAAGGAUGUCGAUGGCGACACUCCUCUGGCUCAGCUUGUCGCUCAAGUUAAGAUGAGAUUGAGAGCAGACGCGUCUGUCCCCGGUCCAUGGCGCGAGCUAGUAAUAUCAAUGGACGUACCCCAAAUGAGCAUCAAUGCUGCUGCAUGCUUGCGCUUAUCACCCAUGCCACUAACAUCGGACUCGAAGAAAUCGCGAUCGUUGCAUGCAGGGCAACCUAUUCCAGCUCUCAUAUCUGUCAAAACGUCGCUGCACUGGGGACGGAACUCGACAGUGGACGGGUACAUGCUCCGUUUCGACGUCGAGGAAAUGGUGCGGGAUUGGCUUGUGAGCGGGCCUAAGCGUGGUGACUUCAUGGCAAAGGAUGGCGAGACAUUCUCGCUCCCCAUCACUCUCGUUGCACUUCACCACGGCGAGCUUAGUUUGCCCAGAAUAUCCGUGACUCCGCUUCCUCUUGCCGGCUCGCUGACGAUGGGAGGAUCUAUGGCCAUUCCGAGCAUAGACACUUAUCAAGUGCAUGGCGCGGAGAGGGUAUUGAUCCUACCGAGAGGUGGCCGGAGUACGUUCGUGGUCGGAAUGGGGCAUGACUACCAGCAAUGAUGCAUUCUCCUUGGGACUGAUACCUUGUGUAAUCUAUCUCUGCUUUAUUAUGUGGAACGACG